AUGUCUGAGAAUGGUGAAGUUGGCCAUGCAGAGCCAGCCUCUGUGGCUCGGCUGCCUGCAGUGCCUGAAAACAAGACCAGAAUUCAGCGGCCCAUGAUGUGCAAAGUCUUGUUGCUCAGUGGAGAAGAUUACGAGGUGGCCAUCGAUAAACGUUCAGUGGGACAGCUGUUGUACGAGCGAGUUUGUGAUUAUUUAGAUCUCCUGGAGAGAGAUUACUUUGGGCUGCUCUACAAAUAUGAACAGGAUUCCGACAAUGUCAAGUACUGGCUGGACCUCAACAAGAAAAUCACCAAACAGAAAAAAAGAGGCAAAAUGUACUUUGAGUUUGCCCUCAAGUUUUAUCCCCCUGACCCGACGCAGCUGACAGAAAGCAUUACCAGAUACCUAGUCUGUUUACAAGUUAGACGAGACAUCAUUAGUGGCAAACUGCCCUGCUCCCAAGCUACUCACGCUAUGUUGGGCUCGUACGCUGUGCAAGCAGAUAUUGGAGAUUAUGACCCAAUAGAUCAUGGUACCGGGAUAGAUUACAUCAGGGACAUGACCUUUGCUCCAGACCAGACGGACGACCUCUUGUAUAAAAUUGCAGCUCUUCAUAAGCAACACAAAGGUCAGACGCCAGAACAAGCAGAGUUACAUUACCUGGAGUAUGCCAAGAAAAUUGCACUUUAUGGCAUUGAUCUUCACAAAGCAAAGGAUUCUGACUACGUGGACAUCUUACUGGGUGUGGGAGCUACUGGAAUCUCUGUCUACAGGGACAACCUGAGGAUCAACAGAUUUGUGUGGCCAAAAAUACUCAAAAUCUCCUACAGACGCAACAAAUUUCUUCUAAGAAUCCGACCUGCAGAGUUUGAAACGUUUGAAAGUUGGAUUGCAUUUCGGCUUCCCAACAACAAGAUGGCCAAACGCCUGUGGAAGAUUUCUGUUGAACAUCAUUCAUUUCUCAGACUGCGAUCAUCUGAUGAUGCUAAGAAGCGCACCGGCUUUCCGAGGUUUGGCUCCAAGUACCGUUACUCUGGGCGCACGUUAUACCAGACACGACUGAAUGCAUCAAUGGCUGACCGUCCCUCGAAGCACUUUGAACGAACUCACAGUCGCCAGUCGCUCAACUCAGUUUUAAACAACAACAGGGUCAGAAGUCAGGAUCAUUUGAAUCAUCACCGAGAGCCAUUCUUUGAACAUGGGAUGGAUAUUCACAACAUAUCUUUCGAUGCAGUCAGACAAGACAGAAUCAUUGCACCUCCUGUACAAAUUGAUGACAGCCGAACACCCCGACAACUGCCUGUCCGUGGCAAAGAAUCACCCAAGCUUAUAUCCCGUGAGGUGAUCAGAAAACAUAUAGAAGUAUAUGAAGAAGAUGAAGAAGACCAUGACAUAGAAAUGCCAGAUGUGCCUGAGGACUCCCCACGGGAACAAAGAAGACCAGUGUCUAACCAUCACAGUCUAGGGGGCGUAGCAACACCUCUAGCUGGCCUGUCUGCACGAAAGCCAGACUCAGACAGUGAAUCGGACAGAACUCCCAGAGGCAGUCUUCAUUCUGUUGACCUAGACGAGGAAGAGUCAAAUAUUACAGUUAAACCUGAAGUUGCAGCAAAACCUGGAAAGGCGAAACCACCACCAGUUGCAAAGAAGCCAGACAAACCACCUAAGCCAGAGAAGCCUACAAAAGCAGAGAAGCCUACAAAAGCAGAGAAGCCUACGAAAGCAGAGAAGCCUCCAAAAGCAGAAAAGCCUCCAAAAGCAGAAAAGCCUCCAAAAGCAGAGAAACCUUCAAAGAAAGAGAAAGGAAAGGAAAAAGAAGCUGUUAGGGAGGUUUUUAUGUAA